UGUUUCUGUCAGGAAAUCACUUUUUUCCAGUAAAAAACAAUGUUAAUCUGACCCUCUCACAAAGGGAAUUUGUCUAUUUUAAUAGUACAAUUAACUUCAUUUUGGGAGGGGUGGCUAUUCAUAGCCAGUGGAUUUUCCUGAUUAUACCCGUGAAAGGUGUCAUCCUACGGAUAACCUUGCAGGUGGAGAACUCAAAUAAUCAGUAGUUUUCACAAGCGCUCAAUAAAUCCAAGGCCGUCUGCAUGGCACUACGACACCUCGGGGUGCCGGGCUGAAAGGCGGAACGUCUGCCUGUCAUUAUUCAACAGGAGGAUCUUUAUAAUUAACACGAACACACCGGCUGCAUCAGCAAACAUCCUCACAACCCUGCAAUAAGAACAGACUCCUCGAGCAGACUCGCUCUGUCGUACCCUGUUUUACACGACCUGCGGUGAAAGCCCGGUUAGUCUCGCCCCCUGCGACUACUGAUGCGUGGUAGAGCAGGUAACCCUUCAAGACCGAGGAGCUCUCUCAAUUGCUUGAAUCGUUUACAUAUUUGUACUCCUUCUCAGUAUCUACUGGUACUUUGCCUUUGGGUAAAUUUUUACCAUGGAUCACAUUUGCUGUAGAGAAUAUUGAAGGUGCCACCCCAGUUGUGUUCAAAACACGAAAGAAAGGACGGAGCACAAUGUAGGGUGACACCUGAUGGUGGAUAGCAGCCUGCCCCCGUGAGUGCUCAACUUGGGUAAGUUGUCUGGAAAUGAAACAGUAGUGAAAAUGUUUUGAAAGUGGCUAUUGAUUGGUGUGUGUGUGUGUGAGCGUUAGUAAACGGCCUUUGUUGGACUUGCCAACAACAGGUCAUUGAAAGAACUGGAGUGCAUUUCACUCUGUUUCAGCAGUUUGGUUUGAUGUUCACUGCAAAUCACAGCAUGUCAUUUUAAUAAGUUCACUGGUUACAGGCAGCAUGGAUGUUUAUGUGUGUGAGAGAAAAACAAACAUCAUAGCUACUUAUUUCUUGGUGCUUAAAUUGUAUGGUAUUACAUGUAAUUCUCGGUGUUUUUUAUCCAAGGUUACAACAAAAAUGGUUUAUUACAGCAGGGCUGGACAGUGUUACAAAUUCUAUGAUGUGUUUGUCGCUGAGUUUAAGGUUAACCAAUUUGAGAAAAUCAUUGUUUCAUACUGUAUGUGAUAAUUUAUUUUAAUUCUUGUUAGAAGUGAAAGACCCAACAACUGGAUUUUCUUGCAGUGUCGGAUAAAAUGAAGAUUGUUUUUGCGUUUAUCCUCUUCUUAGCUCUGAGCUUUGCCUUGCCAGUGAAAAAAAGGCAAACAGCAAAGUCAGUCCAUCAAAAGGUAAAGAGGGACACACUGGACAGUGAUUGGUAUGACAGCGAUGAUGAAGAUGAAUAUGGUAGGAGUUACAUACAGAAUGGAAAAAACAAUGAAAAUGGAUACCAAGGUGAUGCAGAGACAUAUAAUAAUGAAGCUGGAGAAAAUGAAAUAGAAGACAGUGGUGAAAAUAUUGAUAAUGGGGGUAAAGAGGCUGAGGUGAUCGAAGAAGAUGAAGACAGUAAUGAAGAGGGUGGAGACGCUGACGUGAAUGAAGAAGAUGAAGACAGUAAUGAAGAGGAUGGAGAGGUUGAAAUGAAUGAAGAAGAUGAAGACAGUAAUGAAGAGGGUGGAGAGGCUGACGUGAAUGAAGAAGAUGAAGACAGAAGUGAAAAAGUUGAAAUGACUGAAGUGAAUGAAGAAGAUGAAGACAGUGAUGAUGGAGCUGAUGAUAAGGUAACUCAAGAAAACAGUGAAAAUGGAACUAGAGAUAAUGAGUGUGAAGAGACCGAAAUGAUCAAGGAAGAUGGAGACACUGAUGAAAAGGGUGAAGAGACUGAAGUGAAUGAAGAAGAUGAAGACAGCAGUGAAAAGAGUGCAGAGGUUGAGGUAAAUGAAAAAAAUGAAGACACUGAUGAAGAGGGUGGAGAAGUUGUGGUAGCUGAAGACGAUGGAGACAGUGAUGAAAAGAGUGGAGAGGAAAAUGAAGAUCGAGACAGUGAUGGUGGGGUGACACAAGAGAACAGUGAUGAUGAAGCUGAUAAUAAAAUAAUGGAAGAAAACAGUGAAGAUGAAAUUAGAGAUAAUGAGUGUGAAGAGACAAUGGUGAAUGAAGAAGAUGGAGACAGUGAUGAAAAGGAUGAAGAAACUGAGGUAAAUGAAGAAGAUGGAGACAGUGAUGAAAAGGGUGGAGAAACUGAUGUGGAUGAAGAAGAUGGGGACAGUGAUGAAGAAGGUGAAGAGACUGAGGUAAAUGAAGAAGAUGGGGACAGCAAUGAAAAGGGUGGAGAAACUGCUGUGGAUGAAGAAGAUGGGGACAGUGAUGAAGAAGGUGAAGAGACUGGGGUAAAUAAAAACAGUGACAGUGAUGAAGAGGGUGGAGAGACUGAUGUGGAUGAAGAAGAUGGAGACAGUGAUGAAGAAGGUGAAGAGACUGGGGUAAAUAAAGACAGUGACAGUGAUGAAGAGGGUAGAGAGACUGUGGAGAAAGAAGAUGGGGACAGUGAUGAAGAAGGUCAAGAGACUGAGGUAAAUGAGGAAGAUGGAGACAGCAAUGAAAAUGGUGGAGAGACUGAUGUGGAUGAAGAAGAUGGGGACAGUGAUGAAGAAGCUGAAGGAACUGAGGUAAAUGAAGAAGAUGGAGACAGCAAUGAAAAGGGUGGAGAGAUUGAUGUGGAUGAAGAAGACACGGACAGUGAUGAAGAAGGUGAAGAGACUGAUGUGGACAAAGAAGAUGGGGACAGUGAUGAAGAAGGUGAAGAGAGUGAGGUAAAUGAGGAAGAUGGAGACAGCAAUGAAAAGGGUGUAGAGACUGAUGUGGAUGAAGAUGGGGACAGUGAUGAAGAAGGUCAAGAGACUGAGGUAAAUGAGGAAGAUGGAGACAGCAAUGAGAAGGGUGUAGAGACUGAUGUGGAUGAAGAAGAUAUGGACAGUAAUGAAGAAGGUGAAGAGACUGAUGUGGACAAAGAAGAUGGGGACAGUGAUGAAGAAGGUGAAGAGAGUGAGGUAAAUGAGGAAGAUGGAGACAGCAAUGAAAAGGGUGUAGAGACUGAUGUGGAUGAAGAAGAUGGGGACAGUGAUGAAGAAGGUCAAGAGACUGAGGUAAAUGAGGAAGAUGGAGACAGCAAUGAAAAGGGUGUAGAGACUGAUGUAGAUGAAGAAGAUAUGGACAGUAAUGAAGAAGGUGAAGAGACUGAUGUGGAUGAAGAAGAUGGGGACAGUGAUGAAGAAGGUCAAGAGACUGAGGUAAAUGAGGAAGAUGGAGACAGCAAUGAGAAGGGUGUAGAGACUGAUGUGGAUGAAGAAGAUAUGGACAGUAAUGAAGAAGGUGAAGAGACUGAUGUGGACAAAGAAGAUGGGGACAGUGAUGAAGAAGGUGAAGAGAGUGAGGUAAAUGAGGAAGAUGGAGACAGCAAUGAAAAGGGUGUAGAGACUGAUGUGGAUGAAGAAGAUGGGGACAGUGAUGAAGAAGGUCAAGAGACUGAGGUAAAUGAGGAAGAUGGAGACAGCAAUGAAAAGGGUGUAGAGACUGAUGUAGAUGAAGAAGAUAUGGACAGUAAUGAAGAAGGUGAAGAGACUGAUGUGGACAAAGAAGAUGGGGACAGUGAUGAAGAAGGUCAAGAGAGUGAGGUAAAUGAGGAAGAUGGAGACAGCAAUGAAAAGGGUGUAGAGACUGAUGUGGAUGAAGAAGAUGGGGACAGUGAUGAAGAAGGUGAAGAGACUGAUGUGAACGAAGAAGAUGGAGACAGUGAUGAAGAAGGUGAAGAGACUGAUGUGAACGAAGAAGAUGGAGAGAGUGAUGAAGAAGGUGAAGAGACUGAUGUGAACGAAGAAGAUGGAGACAGUGAUGAAGAAGGUGAAGAGACUGUGGUAAAUGAGGAUUAUGGAGACAGGGAUAAAAAGAGUGGAGAAACUGAUGUCAAUGAAGAUGGAGACAGUGAUGGUGGAGAGACACAAGAGAACAGUGAUGACGAAGAUGAUGAUGAGGUGUCUGAUGAAAACAGUGAAGAUGGAACUAAAAAUAAUGACUGCGAAGUGAUUGAGGUGAAUGAAGAAGGAUACAGCAAUGAAAAAGGUGGAGAGCUUGAAACAAACAAAGAAGAUGUAGACAGCAGUAAAGAAGUCAUCAAUGAAGAAGGAGAAAGCAAUGAUGAAAGCGAUGACCAGAACCCCAAAGCAACAAGUGAAGAUAAAAAGAUUGAAAAGGCUAGAGAGGAUGAAGACUAUGAGGCAGAAGAGACAGGAGAGUAGGAUGAAAAAUGAAAGCGUCCGUGCUGAAGAUGAUGUGUUACAGCAGAAGAAUAUUAAAGAGGAAGCCAAUAAUGAUGGUAAAGAUGAUGAUGAAUAGAAGAGAUGGUGAAAGUUCACGUCAUCAGAAGACCUGAUGACUCUGCUGAGGAGAAUGGCUGGAUUUCUUGGUCUGGUGGGAAUUAAGCAGAAACAGCAUCACAGAGGGUGAACAAAAAAAUGAAUAAACCAGAAACAAAACUCUUUUCUGAUCAAUCUGGAUUUUGUUCGUCGCUUCUAAACAUUUAGCCAUGUAAUUAAUUGUUUGCUUUGCCCAGAGCAAAAAUUCCGAAUGAAAAAUAAUGUUCAGAUCUACGUAAUUUAGUGUCGUGUUUCUUAGUGUAAUGAAAGGAUUUAAUUAAAGACGCCUGUUGUUUUUUCUGCCGAUGGUCAUUUUGAUUUGAAAACCACCAACACAAAAGCAGCACAGACCACAACACUGUUACUGAUUUAUGACAAGACAAAGACUGAAUAUAGUUUUACUUCCCUACUUGUUGAUCUUACAUUUCACAUUGAAAAAAAAGAAGCAACAAAAAACAUGCACUUGACAACUUAGUUCCAGCAUACAUUUAAAUGCCAUCAUUACGCAAUUAAAUGUGUGGGCAAAUGCAGUUGUUUUCAAGCUAUUUUAAGUUAAUUGCUGCAUUUUGCAAUUUGUUUCUUUAAUUACAUCAGCAAUGGUGGAUUGCAUCACCAAUAUCAUACUCAGCAUUAUGAAUGUACUCACUAUCUCAUUUUUCAAACCGCUUGUCCAAGUAAAGUUUGUGGUGAUUCAGAGCCCAUCGCUUAGGAUCCCCCCAUCCCGCCCAAAGGAUGGGAUCCCAGUUCUCAACGAGGUAGCUACAUGCACACGCAGGACUAUGAAUUCAGACAGACCUUUUACCUGGAUCUUUCUGAAAACUGAUCCUUUAAGAUCUAAUAUCGAAGCUGCCAUGGAAUGGCAAACUCCUCCCAAUGAAUCAAUAAUGAGAAGGUUAUUCAGACAAAUGUCAGCAUCCAUAGUGCUUGUGACCUUCACAUUCAUUCAUUCUCAGUAUCUAUUUAUGCAAUGCAGGGUUGUAGUAUGUAAACAUAAUUAUUGUUUAUUCAUUUAGCUGACACUUUUCCCUCUGCACACAAAGCUACUCAAAAUGAUGCUCUCAUCUAUAGAGUUGGGUAAUUUUUACUGUAUUAAUCCAGGAUAAGCACCUUAAUCAAGGGUGCUACAUUCAGAGGUGGGAUCUGAACCUGAAAUUCCCUUUUCAAAGGGACAGCUCCAAUCACUACGCCCCCUGUUGUCCCUCAGUGUUGCGUUCGUCAUGGGCUCUAGUCAUUGAACUUAGAGCGCUAAACGGUAGGUGGUCUGUCACGUGAAAGCAACAUGAUUUCAGUGCAUGCAUGGAUGACAUUAAAGCAUAUCUUAAUAAAAUGAUGGAUACAAGUUACAUAAUUCUCAGGCCUGCUGGGCUCUGCAAUGAAUUAUCUUUGAAAUGUUUAGAAAAAUACUUCCUGUGAGACAUUACACAACAGCAGUUGUUGAAGACACAUGAUGCAACUGAUAUGAAAAAUGCACCAGCCAAAAAUUUAAACGGUAUAAUUUCUUCAUUACGUACAAACGUGUGAGAUUUCGAAAUAAAAGGUGCGAAGUCAUUACAAUCGCCUAAUGAGCCAGGCUGGCGCCCACCUAUUCGUACAAACUUGGGCGACAGAGACAAUUUUGUUUGCUGAAAUCCAGCCAGUGUUGCUGUGUCACCUAUAAAAGGGCAGCUCUGCGCGCAAGUGGAAAGCACAGCAGUCCGGAACGUUCCCUGCAGGACAUCUCCGCACCAACCCAAAGGUACCUCUCUCCACUGCCUCUUCACUUAGCUGACAUGCUGCCUUUGAUAUUGCUCACAUUCUGGGACAAUUUACUAUUCCACUUUACCGAAUUCUCAGGCAAACACCAUGAAGUCGGUGGCGCUGCUCUGCGUCUUCAUUUUAAGUGCUGCAUCUGCAAUGAUGGUAUUUCGCCAUCCGUUCCGUGCACACGGAUCCAGAUGCUUCCAGGAACAAGGGAUGUUCUACAGUGACCGGGAGUUCCAUGAUGGAUACUACAUCUACAAGAACCUCUACAUCUUUCCACCAGGCCACUACCCCAGGUUCAACACACAGGUAUAUGGGCAUCACUACAUCCUGGCUGAUGAUGACAACACAAAGGGGGCGGAUGGAGUUCACAGCAAACACUCGAAUGGUCCGGACAACGCUUCUGCGACCAAGAUGUGAACGUGGACGUGGAAACGAUGAAGUCCUACUAGACAG